AUGUCCGUCCCUGCCAUCGUCUUGUUGACGCUGGCCGUCGGCGGUCUGGCAAACCCCGUAGCUCCCUCGCCAGGCUCAGCCUCAUCAGCACCACCAGCAUACAUCACUCCAUCCCCGGACCUCUCGAAGCGUCAAGACCCUCUGACCACGAUCACCUUCUCCACAUGUACGCAGACUGAGGAUCCAGACCAGGGCAUCGACGGAUGUGUGUGCCCCGGUCUCACAGAGAUCUUCUCGGCAAGCGAUUGCACUCUCGGAACGUUGGUGACGGACCUAGCAACGUCCACCAACCCCUGGAUCUUCACCACUACGUUGCCCAACAAUGCCAUUGUUGCGUACGAGACGACAACACACUGGGCAGGAAUUACAGAAGGAUCUGCCGAUGGUGCUGGAGCUAGCACAACGAUUCAGGCCGGCACGCAGCUCACGGUGCAAAUGGAUCCAACCUCGAGCGUCAACGUGGGCUGGCGGACUGCAGCUUCAGAGCAAAGCGCCUUAUUUACGGCCGUGUCCAGCGCUCUUACGGUUGCCUGUCCGUCUCCCACUGGAGACACGAUCACCCAAUGUACCGACGCGCCUGCCGUGGGAGGUAUUCAAUAUCUUUCCCACGGUGGCCUGGAAACAGACGGAGAGCUUGAUAUUAAAGUGGAACUCGUCUCCUACAAAGAUGAAUGGGUUUGGCAGGCCUUGAUCCAGGCGAUUGCUCGUGGCAUUGCCGGCCAGUCGGCUGCGGCCAAUAACACCUGGAGCACCGACUAUGAAGUUCCUGGCGAUGAUCCAGAGUAUUCAUACAAUUGGCCAACGUCCUCCUGGGCCACCGUCCCCGGCGUCUGGGGAUCGACCGUGUCCAUCCAGUCAGAAGACACCAACGGCGCGGUCGUGAUCCAAGAUAUGGUUGUGGCACUGCAUUUCGACCCCGUUGGCGAGGCGUUCGAAUGUGGUCUCUACUCGGCCGUGUUGGCAGGCAUAGCGGCUUUGUCGAUCAUUCCCGAACUGAGCUUCAUUGGUGGUGGUGGUGCUGGUUCUCUUGGCCGAUUUGGAGUUACUUUGGCUUGUGAUGCCCCGUCGUGGUAG